AUGACAUCAGGAAGAAGGGGAACAGGUUACAUUGUCGAAUCAUUGGAUGGAUCCACUGUCUUGAAACUCCCUACUCUGGUUGAGUGUUCUGACAUACCUAACAAUAGGGAUGAGAUCCCAUCCCCAGAAGUUGCGUUACAAUAUCAAUAUCUACAUGAUAUUGCACCUUUCAUUUUACCAGUGAAUGAAGAUGUAGAGAUAGAACUUUUGAUUGGCCGAGACCUUAUCAUGGCGCAUCAUGUGCUUGAUCAGCGGAUCAGCGUCGACCAUUCACCUUACGCACAAAGAUUACCUUUAGGAUGGGUUAUCCUAGGUCCCGUAUGCCUUGGUAACGCACACCUUACUGACUCUGUGAAUGUGAAGAAGACCUUCAUCCUACCAAACGGGAGACCAUCACUAUUGGAGCCUUGUGAGAGCAAGUUAAGCUUAAAGGAAGACCCGUUUUUGAGAACGAGCCAGGACGAGAAGCUCGGACUGUCUAUUGAAGACAAAGCAUUCUUACAGAUCAUGGAUUCAGGCUUCAAGAAAGAUACAGAUGGCCACUGGACUGCUCCUCUUCCUUUCAGAGAGGACAGACCUCGUCUACCGGACAACAGAGACCAUGCCUUGAGGAGAGCCAAGACCUUGGAUCUCGGUCUUCUUCGUAACCCUCUCAAGCGUGAGCAUGUCCAAGAAUUCAUGAGAAAGAUAUUUGAUAGAGGUCAUGCAGAAUUAGCUCCACACUUACCUGCAGGAAAUGAGAGAUGGUACUUACCCAUGUUCGGGGUAUACCACCCCAAGAAACCAGAAGCUAUCAGAAUGGUUUUUGAUUCGUCAGCAAAACAUGAAGGGGUGGCUCUCAAUGACGUGUUACUCAAGGGGCCUGAUAGCUCAAACAGUCUCCAGGGAAUCUUAAUGCGCUUUCGAAAGGAUAAAAUUGCAAUAACUGCCGAUGUAGAACAGAUGUUCCAUAAUUUCAGGGUUUGUGAGCCACACAGAGACUAUCUGAGAUUCAUAUGGCAUGAGGAAAACAAUGUAGAAAAACCCCUAACUGAUUACAGGAUGACGGUGCACGUCUUUGGCAACAGUCCGUCUCCUGCCGUUGCCACGUACGGACUCCGCAAAUCAGUCACCAAUGCAGAUGAUGACGUCAGAAGUUUUGUUAACCGGAACUUCUACGUGGAUGAUGGGCUCAUCAGUUGUCCUUCGGAGAUAGAAGCCGUGAACCUGUUCAAGAGAACUCAAGAAUCCCUGAUGAGUGGUGGGCAUCUUAGACUCCACAAGGUAGCCUCUAACUCAAAGGCUGUUCUGCAGAUGUGUGACUCAGAUGAUCUGGCAAAGGAUCUCAAAGAUUUAGACUUAGGACAGGAUACUCUUCCAGUGCAGAGGAGUCUUGGUGUGUCUUGGGACAUUGAAUCAGACAACAUUGUGUUCCGUGUAUCUACUGACCAAAGACCAUUCACCCGUCGAGGAGUCUUGUCCGUAAUUAACAGUCUUUAUGACCCGUUGGGAUUCACAGCACCAGUUACACUCCAAGGCAAACUCCUUCUUCGAGAAAUGAUGUCAUCCUUCUCGGGCCCGUUAGAUUGGGACGAACCCUUGCAGCCUACUUUCCAAAGGCGUUGGCAAGACUGGGUCAUCUCACUUCAACAGCUUGAGCUACUAAAGAUUCCUAGGAUGUAUUGCAAGUUAUCUGUUACUUUUUCCUCCAAGUGUGAAGUUCACAUCUGUUCAGAUGCGUCCAAAGAAGCUAUAGCUGCCGUAGCAUACCUUAAAGUCUUCACUGAAAGUGGUUCACAUGAUUCGGGAUUCCUAUUGGGAAAAGGAAAGGUAGUCCCAGUACACGGCCAUACCAUACCUCGCCUUGAGCUCUGCGCUGCAGUCAUGGCAGUAGAUCUAGCGGAAACCAUCAAUGAGCAAAUGGACAUUGACAGAGAAGCCUUUCAUUUCUACACGGACAGUCGCAUCGUCUUAGGGUAUAUUUCAAAUGACAGUAGACGUUUUCAUGUGUACGUAGCUAACAGAGUUGGUAGAAUUCGAUCCUUCAGUAAACCUUGCCAGUGGAACCAUAUUCCGACUGACUGUAACCCAGCGGACUUGGCAACUCGAGAGUUUCAUGCUAGUGAUUUACCGUAUAGCAUGUGGAUUCAUGGACCUUCUUUUCUUAAAGAGGAUCAUGUUAGUGAUGAAGACUCAGAGAACAGAUCUGAAGGGUUUCCUCUCAUUGAUACAGAAGAGGACAAAGAAGUGAAGAAGGAAGAUGUAAUGUGCAUGAAGACUACGGUAGAACAGACUUUAGAUUGGGAGAGGUUCUCAAGGUUUUCAAGUUGGAAACAUUUAGUAAGAGCAGUCAUGAACGUAAAGAGACUUGCGAGAAAGUACAAGAAAUCUAAGACUGAAGUAUCUGUCUCAAUGGCUGAGAUUGUCAUCAUCAGAAAGGUUCAGAGCAUGAUAUUUCCAGAAGAGAUUGCGGCAAUCACGGAGGGGAGAAGCCCACCACUUCCGUUGAAACCAAUCUUAGAUGAACAUGGAGUAUUACGUGUAGGAGGGCGGAUUCAAAGGAUGAGAGGUAAAAAACAGAAUGACUACACAAAGGCCAUCACCUGUCACCCUAAAAUAAUUCCAAAGGGACACCAGAUUGCACUUCUACUUGUUCGUCACUACCAUGCUUCCAUACACCAUCAAGGACGUCAUCUCACAGAAGGGGCAAUUAGGUCAGCAGGAUAUUGGAUUAUAGGAGGGAAGAGACUCGUCUCCACUGUCAUACGGGAUUGCGUAACUUGUAAGAAGCUCAGAGGACAGACUGGUUGGUGUCAGAUGGCAGAUCUUCCCAUUGACAGGAUGGAACCAGGCCCUCCCUUCACUUUCGUAGGAAUUGACACAUUCGGUCCAUGGCCUAUAGUCUUCCGCAGAACGAGGGGUGGCCAAAGCAAUCAAAAUCGAUGGGCCAUCAUGUUCACUUGUUUGGUCUCAAGAGCGGUACAUGUAGAACUUGUGGAGGAACUCAGUAGCUCUUCAUUUAUAAACGCAUUGAGGAGAUUUGUAGCUGUCCGGGGGCCAGUGAAGCAGUAUCGGUCUGAUAGAGGCACAAACUUUGUGGGUGCGGCAAAGGAACUUAACAUUGACGCCCAUUUUGUAGAAUCUGGAGAAGUCGGACAGUACUUAGCUGAGAAUGGAGCUUCUUGGUUGUUCAACCCUCCCCAUGCAUCUCACUUCGGUGGUGCAUGGGAGAGAAUGAUUGGUGCGUGCCGGAAGAUCUUGGAUGCCAUGCUACUACAAAACAAACAUGACCUUACCCAUGAAGUAUUGUCAACACUUAUGCUAGAGGUAUGUGCCAUCUUGAAUGCACGUCCAUUGGUGCCGGUUUCAUCAGACCCAGAGGAACCUGAAGUUCUCUCACCUUCGCUGUUACUUACUCAAAAACCGUCAUCAUGGGACCCUCAACUACCAGAGUUUGAGCUUAAGGACGCAUUGAAAAGCCAAUGGAAGUUUGUUCAGCAUCUUGCGGAUGAGUUCUGGACCCGAUGGAGUUCAGAUUACUUACAAAAUCUUCAGAAGCGACAGAAGUGGGAAUCAGGAGGUGUAACAUUCAGUGUUGGGGACAUAGUUCUCAUGAAGGAGAGUGUUCUGUCAAGGAACCGAUGGCCGCUUGGUAUCAUUGAAGAGACAUUUCCCAGUGAUGACAGUUUCGUUCGCAAAGUGAAAGUUGUUGUGAUACGGGAUGGUAAACGAACACCCUAUGUGAGACCAAUAUCUCAACUGAUCCAUCUGAUUGAAGUAAAGUGA